AUUUGGUCAGCGCAGUCUUGAAGAUGUGCUGUUGUCCUACCUGUGACCAUGUACUGGUCCACGCUUGCUGGUGGUGGUUGGACUUAGCCGAAAAUGACGACGCUCGCGAAAAAUUAAUCCACGUCCUCUCAGAGAAAAGAGACAUGGAGCGGUAGUGCGAGGAUAGCAAUGGGAGAGCUUUGUGAAUUUUCUCAUCGGUACUUCUGAACUAUAAUUUUGCAAGGAAGACAUUCGGAGGUAUCAUUUUGAUCCUGAUAGGUCCAUGCUUCUUCCAUCAAAGAAAAAGCGCGUCAUGGUCGAAGUCAUUGCCACUUUGAACCCAGCCGUAACACAAGAUGCGGAAACCAAACGUAGCUUGGACUUUGCUCAGCAGAUACUCCUUGAAGCAAGUUCUGGCUCAUCCGUGGAUAAAGAUGUUGUAGCAGCAUCACUCGGAUCAUACUUCGAACAGUCACCCCCAGCAAGUGCACUUGCGUAUGGACUGCACUGUGGGGACGGUGUUUCAGAGAAAUGCCCUACGCCACUUGUCUUCAACUAA